AAUUAUGACUCUUUGGCAUUUACAGUCAUACCAUACGCGCGCAGUUAAACUAGAGCGCUUCGGGUUUUCCAAAUCCAAUUAGAUUUUAUGCUUUACUUUAUAAAACAAGUAUGGUUAACGUAUCAAAUAGUCUUGUAUUUACUUUCACGAGUAUUCAUGGUGUAGAUAGAGAGUGUUGGUUGUUGACCUCAAGUGUUAUUGAGAAGUCACACUGCCACUCAAGGCUUGGGAGAAAAACGCUUCAUGGUUUCAUCAUUAGCACUGAAACAAUUCGCAGCAUGUGUCAAGCCGGCGGGAUCAUGUUCCUAGAUGUGCGGCGGAAUUUUCUGGGAUUUAUCGCUUGUUUAUUUAAGAAACCGUGAGACAUUCGUGACUUAGAAGCGUGCUUGUGUGGGUCUCCUUAACUUGACAGCGCAGACUCAGAACUAGUCAUUUCACAGGUUCUUGCACGCCAGAUCGUGUGUGGCUAUGACCCUGCAGAAUGGACUGGUGAUUUCAGGCAAAGACCACUCAGACUCUCACGGCAAAAACAGUCUGAGAUGGGAUCUAACCCCUGCACAGAUCCAGGAACACACAAAGAAGUUGAUUCAGAGGGUCCGACAGGUUUAUGAUACUAUUGGAGGUCUGGAUGUUGGUAAAGUUACCAUUGAAAACACUUUGAAGCCCCUGGCUGAUGCAAAGUUAUCUUAUGCCUCGUCCCGACACGUCUUGGAUUUCCCCCAGUUCAUAUCUCCGUGUAAAGAUGUCCGCCUUGCCAGCACUGAGGCAGACAAACAGCUGGCUGACUUUGAUGUGGAGCUGAGCAUGAGGGAGGACAUCUUCCACAGGCUCAUCGCCCUGCAGGAGAAGAAGGUAAUUGGACUCUCAGCUGAGACAGAACGAUUUAUUAAGAGACUGAUUAAACUAGGGAAGAGGAAUGGGCUGCAUUUAUCUAAAGAUAUCCAGGAGGAGAUUAAAUCAAUAUCAAAAAGGAUAAGUGAACUAUCCAUUGACUUCAGUAGUAAUAUUAAUGAAGAGAAUACCUUUCUGUUGUUCACUGAGGAAGAACUAGGUGGUAUGGCUGAAAGCUAUAUGGCUAGUCUUGACAGACUGGAAGAUGGCCGUUUCAAAGUUACGCUUGCGUAUCCCCACUACUACCCAUUAAUGAAGAGGUGUUACGUCCCGGAAACCAGACGUAAAAUGGAGGAGGCUUUCCACAGUCGUUGUAAGGAGGAAAACACUCCUAUUCUGGAGAAGCUGAUUGAGCUCCGAGCCCAAAUGGCCAAGAUGCUGGGCUUUCAGACCCAUGCAGACUACGUAUUGGAGAUGAACAUGGCUAAGACUUCAAGUACAGUAGCCCACUUCCUAGAUGAGUUCCUUGAGAAGUUGAAGCCACUGGGAGUGCAGGAGAGGAAGUUCAUCCUGUCCCUCAAACAGAAAGAGUGCAAGAGGCGGGGACUGGACUUUGAUGGACAGAUCCAUGCCUGGGACAUGCCUUACUAUAUGAACCAGGUGGAACAUGUGAAGUUCUCCGUGGACAAGGACAAGCUGAUAGAGUACUUCCCUGUUGAGGUGGUCAAGGAUGGGCUUCUUGGAAUUUACCAGGACCUGCUAGGCCUCACCUUCUGCCAGGUCAAACAUGCCCAUGUCUGGCACGACAGUGUUAGCCUCUACUCGGUUCUCGACAGUACUACUGGUGAGGAGAUUGGCCAGUUCUACUUGGACCUGCAUCCCAGGGAAGGGAAGUACGGACACGCGGCCUGUUUCGGUCUCCAGCCCGGCUGCCAAGGGCCUGAUGGGAAACGCAUGGUGCCAGUGGCGGCCAUGGUGGCCAACUUCACCAAGCCCAGUGCCUCCUUCCCCUCUCUGCUGCAGCACCACGAAGUGGAGACCUUCUUCCACGAGUUUGGCCACGUAAUGCACGAGCUCUGCUCAAGGACUCAGUAUGCAGAGUUCAGCGGCACUUUGGUGGAAACGGACUUUGUAGAGGUUCCCUCUCAGAUGCUCGAGAACUGGGUGUGGGAGCGUGAGCCACUGCACCGCAUGUCACGUCACUACAAGGAUGGCAGUGCCAUCCCAGACAGCCUGUUGGACAAGCUCAUCGUCUCCAGGGUGGCAAACACGGGCCUGAUGAACCUGAGGCAGGUGGUGCUCAGUAAAGUGGACCAGUCCAUCCAUACUAAACCCAAGGCGGACACCGCCCAAGAGUUUGCUAAGCACUGCCAAGACAUCCUGGGCAUCCCUGCAACACCAGGCACAAACAUGACUGCCAGCUUCAGCCACCUGGCAGGGGGUUAUGACGGUCAGUAUUAUGGCUACCUAUGGAGUGAGGUCUACUCCAUGGAUAUCUACUUCAGUCGAUUUAGAAAGGAGGGCAUCAUGAACCCUAAGAUGGGGAAGGAGUACAGAAAGGUGAUAUUGGAGACGGGUGGCUCAAGAGAUGGGGCAGACAUGUUGAAAACCUUCCUCGGACGUGAACCACAGCAGGAUGCUUUCUUUUACUGCAAAGGACUAACAGAGAAGAAGAAUGGCUUUCUAUGACCUUGUCACCCAUCAUUGUUUUGUAUGAGGGAUUCACAGUUGCACUUUCAUGUGGAAAGGAGCUGUUAAUUGGAAUGAUUUUCAUUUCACACCAUGUUUAUGUGAAGUGAUAUGGGCUCUUCUCCUCAGUAUCUUGUGAAAAUCUUUUAUAUGUCUGAUGGUUAACAAGCAGAUUUUUCCACAUACACAUGCAGACACAGCACACACAUACUGUACACAAACACUGCAAAGGGGGGAAAAAACAAGGCUUAUUAAAAUGCAAAAAUUCAAAUAUAGAGGCAAACCUCCUCAGAGAAAAUAUUGGAUCCAGUCAUCAGUUCAACUAAAGCUGUCCUGAUUGUUAAAAGACUCCGAUCUAUCAAGAAUAUUUCCCAAAUUGUGUCAACGUCUUCUGAUGUACACCUAUCUGACUUUUGACAAGAUCUUCUUUUUGUGUGUUGUGGUUUCUUUCCCACCUAAAUAUAAGAAUCACCAUUCACUUAGAUCAAGCCCCAACACUGUUGUACAUCCACACCCAUCCUUAUCUUUUUUUUAAUUGAUAAACUUAACAUGAAACACUCAUAAGCCUUUACCAUCUUUACCUGGAAUCACUUGCAGAUGUGUGGAACUCAUGCAUACACUAGGGGGAGACAAACUUCACUAAAUGAACUCGCUUGUUGCUGUCUGAAAGUGGAAGGUUCAAAGAAGGUUCUAUUAUCAGGCAGAAUAUCCAGUAAGUGAUAACUGCACGUGCAUUUGUGUUACUUUUAUUUUUGUUACAUAGUUGUUGCAUUAAAUGGAUAACAAAU